CCAUCUGUCAGUGGUUUGUGUGUACGUGAUGUGGAAAUAUAUUCAAUUUUAUUAACUAUUUAAGGUAGUUAAUAAAGAAUCAUCCAACCAUUGUUAUUCUUAAGUGAAAUGUGAGCUAACUUUCGCAUAAAUUUGUUUAGUUUUUUUCUAGUAGUGCUGUAUUUCAUAUAGUUUUCAAGAUGCGUAUUCUAAGACAGAAAUUUGAUCAUUUAAACAACUACCCACCUUCUGUGAUGUAUAAAAUGUUGAAGCAAAAUUUAAUCUCCAAAGAAUAUGCUGAUUAUCAAUUUUUACAAACCAGCAAAUUACCUACAAUGCAUUUUCAACCUUCAUUGCCUCGCUUGCCCAUUCCUAAACUAGACUUGACUUGUGAGAGAUACUUAUCAGCUUUGAAGCCCCUUGUUAUUGAUGAGGCCCUCAGAAAAACUGAAUCUAAUGUUCAACAGUUCAAAAAUGACAUGGGAAAAUAUCUGCAAGAUAAUCUCAAAGCCUAUGAUAAGGAGAGAAAAUUUACAAGCUAUAUAUCUGAAUCUUGGUUUGAUAUGUAUUUGAGGGAUAGAAAACCCUUGCCUAUUAACUAUAACCCCAUGCUUGUGAUGCAUAAUGAAACUCGGAGCGAAUAUAACAGUCAGUUAGUCAGAACAACAAAUCUAAUAAUAAGUUCCUUGAGAUUCUACAAGUCUCUUAAAUGUGGCAUAUUAGAACCUGAAGUAUUUCACUUGAAUCCAAGAAAAAGUGAUACAGAUAAGUUCAGAAAUAUUUGCAGUGUUUUGCCUCCAUCAAUGUCUUGGUAUGGUGCUUAUUUAUUCAAAGCUUAUCCACUUGAUAUGAGUCAGUACCCAAAUUUAUUUAACACCACAAGAAUACCUGAAACUGAUAAGGACAGAUUGUUCAGCAAUUUUGAUGGCAAACACAUUACAGUCCAGCACAAAGGUCAUUUUUAUGCAUUUAAAGUACUAUCCAAUGAGAAUGAUAUUCUGCCCCCUGCACAAAUUUUGGCUAGGAUAAAAUAUAUUCUGGAUGAUCCUGUUAAAACCUGCGAAAAUCCAGUGGGUAUUUUGACCACAAUGGAGAGAAAUAAGUGGGCUACCAUACGGCACAAUUUGGCUGACAAUGGGAAUGAGGCUACAUUAAAAAUAAUCGAUUCAGCCCUGUUUAACGUUUGUUUGGAUGAUAAUUCCGUAGGCGAUGAUCCCUAUUUGGUUGUUAGGAACUUUUUACAUGCUGAUGGAGUUAAUAGAUGGUUUGACAAGUCUAUUUCUUUACAAAUUACCAACGAUGGAUCUGCAGCUGUUAAUUUUGAACACUCAUGGGGUGAUGGUGUAGCUGUACUCAGAUAUGUACAAGAUAUAUACAAAGAUUCUCUGGAAAAUCCUUUGGUUAGUUCCGAAACAAGACCUUAUGAUGAAGAUAUAAACAAUAUUAUACGCUUAGAUAUGAAUCUCAAUGAUCCUCUUAAAGUAGCUAUUAAAAGAGCCAAGGAAGACUACAAAAAAAUCACUAAAAGUCUUGACAUAGACUAUUUGAUCUUCGACAAAAUUGGGAAAAAUUCGUGCAAAAAGCAAUCUUUAAGUCCUGAUGCUGUUAUGCAACUAGGCUUCCAGGUUGCUUAUCACAAAUUGUCGGGGAAAUUCGUGCCAACCUAUGAAUCCUGCAGUACGGCAGCUUUCAAGCAUGGCAGAACUGAGACAGUGAGGUCCUGCACUUAUGCCACAAAGGCUUUCUGUUUGGCUGUUAAUUCGUCGCAAAAACCGUCGCACUUGGAGUUGAAAAAUUUGGCGGCUGAAUGUUCGAGGGUGCACAACCAAUUGACAAGAGAGGCGGCCAUGGGACAGGGUUUCGAUAGGCAUUUGUUUGCCUUAAGGAGAAUUGCUGAGAGAAAAAAUAUUAAGUGUAAUAUUUUUGAUGAUCCUGAAUAUGCAUAUAUCAAUCACAUCAUUUUGUCUACAAGUACUUUGAAUUCGCCGGCUGUUUUUGCUGGGGGAUUUGGUCCUGUUGUCAAAGACGGACUUGGAGUGGGAUAUAUAAUCAAGGAUGAUUCUCUUGGAGUUCUCGUUACUAGCUACCCUCCAUAUCAAAAUGGUUCAGACUUCAUUUCUGCCUUAAGAGAAUCCUUUGACGAUAUUCUCGAAGUAAUCACUAAAGACUAAAAAAGAAACAAAAUAUUUUUAUAAGUAUUAUAUACUGUAUUUCAUGACCAUUGGGUAUUAAAGUGCCUUUCUCAAUAUUAUAGGGUUUUUAGCAAUAAGUCAGGUUACGUUUUUCAAAUUUUAAAUUUAAAAACUGUUUUUUAUGCUAUUUUAAAUAAAGAAUAUAUUCCUA